AUGAAUCCUCACCUAUGCUUCGGUUUAUUGUGCGCCGUGCUUGUAGCACACACAUCUGCCUCUGUAGUAUACAGAUCAGGCUAUGGCGGAAGGAAGAGCGGAUAUGGUAAUGAAGGAAACGGUUAUGGCGGCAGUGGUGGAAAUGGAUACGGAGAAAACGGUGGAAACGGAGGAUACGGAAAUAACGGCAAUGGAAAUGGUGGCGGAAAUGGUGGAUAUGACGGAAACGGUUACGGGGAAAAUGGUGAAAACGGAGGAUACGGGGAUAACGGCAAAGGAAAUAAUGGUGGAAAUGGUGGAUAUGACGGAAACGGUUACGGGGACAAUGGUGGAAACGGAGGAAACGGGGAUAACGGCAACGGAAAUAAUGGUAAAAAUGGUGGAUAUGACGGAAACGGUUACGGGGAAAAUGGUGAUAACGGAGGAUACGGGGAUAACGGCAACGGAAAUAAUGGUGGAAAUGGUGAAUAUGGUGGAAACGGUUUUAAGAACAAUGGUGGAAAUGGAGGAUACGGGGAUAACGGCAACGAAAAUAAUGGUGGUAAUGGUGGAAAAGGUGACAACGGUGGCAAUGGUGAUAACGGUUACGGAUAUGGCGGGAAAGGUGGCAAUGGUGGAAAUGGUGGGGGGUAUGGAGUAGAUGCUUAUAAUGGAGGAGGAAACAACGGCGAUAAUGGACAAGGAUACGGCGAAGAAUAUGGCGUCGAAACAACUUCUUACGAUCAGAAGUACUCAUCUAAAGGUGGAGAGUAUGGAGGAUAUCAACAAAGAUCUAACAAAAAUAGAGGUCGAGGUGGCAAAAAUGGUAGACGAGUCGGAAAAGGUAGUGGUAGAAGUGGUAGAAAGGGAAGCAAGGGAGGCAGAUAUAACAACAAAAACGGAAACAACGGUGGUAGAUAUGGUGGAUACCGUGGACAAGGUAGCUACAAAAAACCAAGUUAUGACUGGUGA